AUGACCGAGCCAACACAUAUUAUAGAUACGGAAGGAGAAGUGAUUAUCUUCUUAAAAUGUCCGGAAUCUCCGUUUGCACCAUGGAAUGACGAUGUGGCGGAGCCGGAACCGUUAAAGAGCCAUGGCGAUGUGCAAAAAAGGGACAAUGGCGACAACGCUACUCAGGAAGGAUUUAACAAGAAAGUAACGAAGAAGAGACUGAAGAAAAAGAAUAAGAGGGGAAAUCCAAUGCCCCUCCAGUCAGAAAUGGACGAAUCGGCCGACAACCCUGCUGGAACUCCAGAGCCGGCUGACACAGCUAUGGUGUCUGCUGAUGAGACAGUUGAUGACAGUGUUACUGAGUCGGCCAAUGGGCCUACCACUGAGCCUUUGGAGGAGCAACUUCAAGAAGCACAGCCAAAUGCCUCACUUGAUGGCCCUAGAGAAAAUGGAAGUGAAAUAGACUGCGAAGGUGCCCUGCAGGAACCUGCGAGCGAUGUGCAUAUGCGAGGGGAUUGCUUCCGCAUCCAAGUAUCCGCGAAGCAUUUGACUCUGGCCUCACCCAUCUUUAAGGAGACGCUUAGUGGACGUUGGAAAGAAGGCCUUCGUUUGCUUAAGGAAGGGUCGGUAGAGAUCCCUAUACGCGAUUGGGAUCUCGAGGCGUUUCUGAUCUUGAUGGAUAUUUUUCACUGUCAAGCCCAGAACCUACCCCGGGAAAUAUGCCUGGAGUUGCUUGCCAAGAUUGCCGUUUUAGCAGACUGUUACCAAUGCCAGCCACUGGUGCGAUUCUUCGCCGAAAUAUGGAUCGGCCAACUAAGAAGAAAAAUCUUUCCCACCAUAUAUUCCCGUGAUUCAAUGCUCUGGGUGUGGGUCUCGUGGAACUUCAGACAACUCUUUGAGUUUGAGAAAUCAACAUCCAUUGCUAUCUCCCAAAGUAACGGUUUGAUUACAAGUCUCGACUUGCCGAUUCCAGCGAAAGUCAUUAGAAUGACGCAAUCUCCGCCGUCCUCUCAUCGCUCGCGGAACUACGGGACGCUUUUCUAG